AUGACUGAGGUCCCUCGAACUUUGAAAGAGUGGUGGGGAAACAUCCGAGUGGCCUACGGAAAUGAGAUUAUGCUACACUUAGGGUCGUUAACUGAUCUGCUGAAUGUGGAGGCAAACAAGUCACUCAUUACUCUAAUGAUUGAAUUUUGGCAACCAACAACGGUGACCUUCCAGUUCACAGAUUUUGAAAUCACACCAACAUUGGAAGAGAUAAGUCAAAUUGCUGACUUACCGUUGGUUGGCAGAGUACCUUUGGCCCCGCGCACUACGUCAGGAAUCAAUUUUCUCCAGUCUUUGGGUUUGAGGGUAGGCCAAUGUUUGCGAAGAGUUGAUGAAGGAUGGGUCAAGUUGGAUUAUCUGUUUAAAAGGUUCGGUCGUCGAGAUAGCUAUGAUAGGUUCCAUCAAGAAUUCUUCAUCUCCAGGGUUGAUUGGGAAAAACUCAGGGCUAUUGUCUUCGUGACGGCCUUUUUGGGUAUUAUGAUUUUCCCAAAGAAAAAGGGGUGUGUCGACAUCAACCUAUUGCCUAUGAUCAUCUUCAUGUUUAGGGGACCUAUUAGAGUGACCAUCGUACCCAUGAUCUUGGCAGAAAUAUUUCGAUCAUUAUCCCUCUGCUCUACAGGAUAUGAUCACUUUAAGGGAAGUAACUUGUUGCUGCAGAUUUGGGUGUUGGAACACUUUUAUCAAAGACAUGCAGAAAAUGGCGUUGAAGCAGACUUACGCAACAAAAUCAGAAGCCACGCAACGAGAUUGAGCAUGUGGGAUGCCCCAAAUGAUGAAGAUGGUUGGCGCCUUUUCCUGACCCACGUCACAGGGAAUCGCAUUCAAUGGAGACUACCGUGGGUCCAUGGCCGAGCUUUGUUGAGAACUAACCAGGACUAUUUCAUUGAGUUGAUUGGGUUGGAAGGCUUCCAGCCCUACGCACCUUUAAGAGUCCUCCGGCAGUUUGGGAUUACCCAAGGCGUUCCUCUAUGGUCAAAUAUGGCAUUGAUUGAGGUUGAUUAUGAAGGAAGAAUUCCGAUUGAAAGGAUCGCUGUUUUAGUACAAGGAUGGUACGGUAUUCUUGACUCAGACAUGGGAGUUGAAUCAUGA